AAUCAGUCACAUUUACACAUGAAUACAGAAGAGACUCUGACCCAAACAAGUGUGUGCUGCAGCAUUUCAUUGCUUUAUUAGGCUGCUCAGCAUGAAACCCUUCAGAAUAUAAUUUUUUUUUGACAGUUUGUGUUGCAAGAUGGUGAUGGUCUCACUCCUGCUCAGACGCUUCUGCUGGAGAAACUUUACAUGAUCUUAGUUUACUAUCUGUAUGAAGUGCCCAAAUGGCCUUGUACAAUGGUGCGAGAAAUUCCUCCAAUUAUCCUGGCCAGCAGCUGUAAUUGGACACACAGUGCCUCCUGUUAUCUGAUGAUGCCUCUGAACAACAUUUCCGAACAUGUGCAGACAGAGUUUCAUGUAUAAAAGGCUACAACCGACUGAACAUGAUGGAUAAUAACCAAAAGAGGAAUCUUACUUUUUUCACCAUCGGACUGAUAUUCAUGCUGAGUGGGAUUGAAUAUGCUGUCAUUCUGCCUACAAUAUGGAGGUAUCUGCAGAUUUUGGAGGCCCCACCUUACUUCCUGGGUCUGGGACUGUCUGCGUUCAGUUUAAGUGGGCUGCUCACGGGCCCCAUCUUUGGGUUCUGGUCAGAUCGGUGCAAAACGACAAAGUCCAUCAUACUUUUUUCUAAUCUUUUUGAGAUUGCUGGUAACUUCAUGUAUUUCAUUGGAUAUUCGAAAUGGCUGCUGUUAAGCAGUCGGCUCGUAGCAGGUGUCGGUGCUGGAGCAGGUUCUUCCAUCUUUGGUUUCCUGACUCAGAGCACUCGGCCAGAAGAGCGCGCUGGUAUCUUUGCUGCCAUCAUGGCCUGUCGACAAGCAGGCCUCCUUGUUGGGCCAGCGUUCAACUUGUUCCUGCGAUUGUGUGAUUUCAAACUGGGGCCCUUUGUUGUGAACAAGUACACAUCUCCUGGGAUCUUUAUGUGUCUGCUGUGGGUGCUGCUCCAGUGUGUUGUUCUGGCUAUGUAUUGGGACGUACCACCCAUCAGCUCAGAGGGUGGAGCCAUGAUGCUGGAGAUGAAACAGGAACAAAAUGAUGAUGAUGGUGAUGAAGAGGCGCCACUGAUGCAGUGCAGCGAGGAGUCGGCGCACACCUACAGAGCUGUCAACUCCAACCAGCCGGAGACCUCCACCUCGGAUGAGACGGAGACCGCCCUUGGUGCCACGACAGUCUCAGACCCCUUCAAAAACUUCAGUGCCAGCAGAGAGUUCCUGCGAGAAGAGGUGGUUGUUCUCCUCACAGCUCAGUUCAUCACUCUCUUCAAUCAGACAGCGCUGGAGACCAUGGUGACUCCCCUGACGCAGCGUUACUUCGGCUUCGGUGAGCUGGGCAACAGCCUGAUGUACGGCCUGUGUGGGGUGGAGGUCAUCCUGGGCUUCUUCUUUGUGCGCUGGCUGAGCAGUAAGGUGGCCGACCGCGUCGUGCUGGCCGUGGGCCUGGUCAUCUGCUGCACUGCCUGCGUCUGGUCCCUCGUCUUCCUCUGCAACCCCCGAGGUGGUUAUGAAUGGGAGCUGACGGCUUUUAUCAUCGGAGUGUUUCUGCAGCUGCUGGGGCUUCCAUUCGUGGCUGUGUCUCAGGUGUCUCUCUUCUCCAAAGUCACUGCAGAGAAAACACAAGGAUUCAGCCAGGGUGUCAGACGCUCAGUUGGAGGCCUUGCCACCAUCAUGGGUCCUUUGUGGGCUGGAGGACUGACCAACAAUUUGUACAUAAUGCUGGGCAUGAUGCUAGCUCUCCUCCUGCUGAUCACAGUUAUGACCGCACUGUCCUACGAGCGCCUGGUUGAGCCGAGGGCUGUGCAGAGCGCCGACGGCUCUGACAGCGCAGGAUAGAGGAGCUGCAGUCUCUCUGAAGAGCAGCAUGGACAGAGAUGUCCGUCACUUCUGAGUGAACAACACAAACGUUCACAUCACGUGCUUCUCUUCAGAAAACUGUGACAGAGGUGAUCACACACAUUAGUGUUAAAACCCCCCAGUAUGAAUUAUUACGCAGUGCACAAUCUCUCUGUGUUACAGACUCUCCCUUGUAUGCGUAUCACUGUCAUAGUAUCUAUUAUAUUUUACACAAGGGGGCACCAUUGCUCUCAUAUUGAAUAUUCCUGCUCUGCAAUUGAGGAUGAAAGGCAUUGGUUUUGAACUGAACUAUUUAUAUUCACUUGAUGAAAAGAUAAGUGAGCAGGUAUUUACCAUGUGUCCCACAUACCAGAAUUUACAUUUCUUGUCCCAAAUCUUUCUUAAAAAAAAAAACAAAAAAAAACUUUCUCUGAAAAUAAAACAAUUGACAUAUUGAGUGCAGAAGUGAGGCUGUCAACAUCUGAGCAGCUCCUCGUCAGUGAAGCUGCGAGAAGAAGAGGGUCGGAUAAAGUGAAGCUUUAUGAUAUUUUGUGCAGGUUUAUUGUUGAAACAGAACUUUGACAUCUGCAUCUAUUCCUCCAUAUUUUAUGUGCAAAUGAGACGCUUGUGAAUUAAAAAUAAAUUUCGUGGAA